GCGCGUGGUGGAGCCAAGGUUAUCGUCGAGCCCCAUCGCCAUGCUGGUGUCUUCGUCGCUCGUGGCAAGGAAGAUCUCCUCGUCACCAAGAACCUGACCCCCGGAGAGUCCGUCUACGGAGAGAAGCGCAUCAGCGUUGGUGCCAGCGCCGCAAAGGACGGCGAGACCGAGGCCAGCAGCACCGAAUACCGUGUCUGGAACCCCUUCCGUUCCAAGUUGGCUGCUGGUAUCUUGGGUGGUGUCGACAACAUCUACAUGGGCCCUGGCUCCAAGGUCCUCUACCUUGGUGCUGCUUCCGGCACAUCAGUCUCCCACGUUGCCGACAUCGUCGGUCCCGAAGGCACUGUCUUCGCCGUCGAAUUCUCCCACCGCUCCGGUCGUGAUCUGAUCAACAUGGCCACCCACCGCACCAACGUCAUUCCCAUUGUCGAGGACGCCAGACACCCAUCGAAAUACAGGAUGCUUUUGGGCAUGGUCGACUGCAUCUUUGCUGAUGUUGCUCAGCCUGAUCAAGCACGUAUUGUCGGACUCAACGCCGGCAUGUUCUUGAAGGUUGGUGGCGGUAUCGUCAUCUCCAUCAAGGCCAACUGUAUCGACUCCACAGCCGCCCCCGAGGCUGUGUUCGCACAGGAAGUCGCCAAGCUACGAGAGAUGGGCAUCAAGCCCAAGGAGCAGCUUACCCUCGAGCCUUUCGAGCGUGACCACGCCAUGGUUGUGGGUGUCUACCAGCGUUCGCAAUAA